UAUCCCAGCAUGCCUCGGUGAACCGACCACAUCCCUGGAGAGAGGGGGGUCGGGGUCGGCGUCGGCGUCGAACCUGUGUUUACUUCCGGAUUUCCUGUAUAUGGCAGAGCUUGCAAACAGCCUCUCCACUUGCCCUACAAGCUCAGCGAGAGCCCCGCGGCCCGAUCCGACCAGAGACCGUCUCCGGUGGAGCGCGAUGCUUCGGUGACCGGAGAGCCGCCAUACUCCGGCGCAGCAGCAGCGGGGAGAUUAGUGAGCGCAGCUUCAGACGACCCUUCAACACAGAAAGUAUCCUUCUGCCACCCUUCGCCAAGCGUCAAAGUCAAUGCGGUCCUCGAUCGGAGCGCAGGAGCGCAUCCACCUCUCAUGCGCCGGUCAUUAACGCGCUUGCGUUCGCCAAACACGAGAACCGGAGAUUAAACACAACCGAGAGCCGAUCCAGACUCUGUUAGCUACCGGGAUAAAACGACGGGGGACAGGAGCAGCUCUGCUUGGAUUUGUCCCUUUCAGUCAUCAUGGAGUGGUUAAUGGGGAAGGGCAAAGGGAAGCCCAAUGGAAAGAAGCCGCCCCCCGAGGAGAAGAAGCAUUACCUGGAUGCAGAACACACCAAAGUGAGAGUCGUCGACUUCGACCUCAAGGAGCUGGUGGUUUUACCGAGAGAGAUCGACCUGAACGAAUGGCUCGCUUGCAGCACCACCACGUUCUUCAAUCUCAUCAACCUGCAGUACAGCACGAUCUCGGAGUUCUGCACGGGAGACACGUGUCCGGCCAUGACCGCCUGCAACACGUGAGUUAUCCAUUAUUAAGCCUGCAGACUCUCAGAGACGCGCCGAGCGGAAACUAGACUCCCAGGGGUCGCGACCCGGGGCCGAGGUCACGACCUGCACUCCAGCUCGACCUCAGGGAGAGAUGUGACCCUACAAGAACACGUGU